UAAAAAUAGUAUUUUUAUCGUGAUAAAAAUAAAUAGCUUACCGGCAAUAAGCAAGCUACCUAUCAUGUUGACCACAACCUAGAAUAAUUGCGUUCUUUUAGUUCAUGGACGAUUUUAUUAAAUCUAUUAAAGUAAUUUUCUGUUUAUCCAAGAAGAAUUCGUGCAAAAAAUCCGUUUGACAUUGCGAAUAAAAAAUAAUUCAAUAAUUCUUCUUUUGAUAUAAAAGGAAAAACCAUUGAAAUGUUACUUAGUUGUUUAAUAUUUUUGUAGUUUUAUAUCGAAGAUUGUUAUCAUAUUAAACCGAAAUGUUUUCUACAUUAAUCAUCUCGUGUCUUUUUGCUUCUUCCUUGAGUGCCGUAUCUGAAAAAUCAAAAUAUACCACCAAAUAUGACAAUGUGGAUUUAGAAGAAAUAGUCCAUAGCGAUAGGCUUUUAAAAAAUUACGUUAAUUGUCUUUUAGAAAAAGGACAAUGUACCCCAGAUGGAUUAGAAUUAAAAAAAAAUAUGCCUGACGCAAUAGAAACCGACUGCAGCAAAUGCAGUGAAAAGCAGAAAGAAGGGUCUGAAUAUAUGAUGAGAUAUUUAAUUGACAAUAAACCUGAUUAUUGGAAUCCUUUGCAGGAGAAGUACGAUCCUACAGGGACCUAUAAAAAGCGAUAUUUUGAAUCCAAGAAACAGGAAGUCAAAGUUGAACCAAUUACUAAGCAACCAUAGAAACCCAAAUGAAGCACUCGUUUUUUAAGAAUUAUUUAUUUGUAAAGAUAUGUAGAUAUGUAAUAGUCAACAAAUUAGAA